GACGCAAAAUACGUACACUUUUUCCACGAGAAGAUACCUUCGCGUGCCAUGGCACAAUUCACUACGCUCGAACCAUUAAGUGAGAUAAUUGCUUCAACACCCAUGGAGGAGCAAGCGGCACCUCUCAGGACCAGGGCACUGGUGCAAAUAUUCAAGGGACAAUGCGAAGGCGCUGUGCUUGAUUUGACGUUAGCGCUGAGGACAACAGAAGAUAUCAAGCGCGUCCACAAACCAGGUCAGCAGAAAGUCGAAUUAGCGAGCAGAUUGCGCAAUGAACAAGAUACCCGGCAGAGAACUCAAAAAGACUGGCGAUCGGCUCCUUUUCAAAAAGAGGAAGAACAACCACGUAGCCUAGAGAUGCAGCUUCUGUUCAACCGUGCUGGAGCUUAUUUGACCAUUGCGUGCGACAAUGUCAACGCAGCCCUAGACGGCCUCCAAGAGUAUAAGGCUUCGCAAGGGCCGAAUGGGCGGACAGGCGAGGAUUUGAAAGCGCAAUAUCUGCGCCUAGAGGCCAGGAAGAAAGUCAAGAGCUGUGCGAAAAGGGCUUUGAAAGAUUACACCGCUUUCCUGUCGCAUUUCGAUUACACGCCCGGUCUAUCUAUUCAGACGGCCAAUGAAAUUUGGCAACAAGUCCACACACUCGCCAAUCGCCAGAAAUCUGAUAGCUCUACUUUCAAGCGUCGUCUGUCAGACUUUGAUCCUGGUGGAGUCAUUGAAAACGCGAAAGUCCCCCUGACGGUAUCAACAUUGGUGCGCCAGGGAGCGCAUAUUACCGAUGGCUCCGCACAAAACGAUAAUAGGUGGUCCCAACUCCCGAUUCCCAAAAUUUAUCGUACGAGCGAUCUGUUCGCUGAGAGACCGCCUGCUGAUCUUCCACAUCUCUUCACUCUGGACACAACCAAUGCAGCUUUAAAAAAGGAGCAAGGCCAGGACUCAUUCGGCAACCGCGAAGCUGUGACCUACCACCCGCUCCUGACAGAUGCGUUACAUUCGCUUCUUCUCGCCCACGCACUCGUUCAAACAAAUCCAACCGAACUUCUUCGGUAUGCACACAAUGUUGCAAGAUUAGUACGCAUCGCUGACGGUUAUCCUCUGUUUCACGCCGCGCGGAGUCCGGCUCGCGCUGAUUGGGUCGAAGUUCUGCGGAGAGCAAGCAAUUGGGUGGGAUUAUCAUCAUCAUGGCAAAAUCUUUGUGCUCCUGCACCGUUGCCAGGUGCGGGGGACCUUUGGGUCAAGAGUGGGCUGUGCCAGGGCGCGCAUCGGCCACACAUGACAUCGAGACCAGGGAGUAGCCAAGAAGAGGAAACGUUUGAGCAAAGGCGCGAACGUGUCAAACGAGAGUCCAUUAUUGAUGCUCUGUCCGACGACCGCGUCGUAGACGAGGUGUCAUUCCAGCGGGCCGUGCUAGCACGAGAGACGCGUGCGCGAGAUGAUGAAUGUAGAGACUCCGCUUCACAGAAGGACAAACCAGUAGAAAUUGCUAAACCACACCAAAAAUCUGCAGUUUCGAAUCGACCAUCAUGCCUUCCGUCCGACAAGAGCGGCCCUCCCUCGCCCUUACAGUGGUCCCAGGACGAAUUUGCAAAGGAGUAUCUCAUCUCGACUCAACGCGCACAUGCAAUUGCCAGAUGGAUCAGGGAGUCGCCACUGUCUUUGACUGGUGCUGGAGGCGUGAAAAAGAAGCGGCCUGCGCGUCAAAGGAGGAAAUCUAUUCCGAUAGUAUCCAAUGGAGCUGCGGCCGACACAGCCAAUGUACGAGCAAUGGGUGGAUUGAGCAUCGUUGAUGCAAUGGGAGUAGAUGACAGGCCCGAUUGAUAAUUCAGAGAUAUGUGUCAUGAGAGGCAUCGCUCGUGCGUUCCAACCCAUCUUCGUGAGCAUGCCCAUCUCGUCAUGACCUCUCUAACGGCGACGAUGAGUGGCACCUUCAUCUACUGGUCUUCAUCAUCACCCGAUUGCGAUUGGCCGCAUUUCGUCGCCACGACUGUCAUGUACCGUUAAUUUCUCGUUCCCUUGUUGUUGGAGAAUAUGCAGCUGGCACUGUCUUGCGGUGCGAAAUGCAGAACUUGACUUUCGGAGUUUGGCCGCCGCUCAAGCAGCAAUUGAUGCGUCCUCCUUGCCGUCUAAGAAGCGUUCACGCUGGCUGCGGAGUUCUCUGAUGA